CCCGCCAUCUUGCCAGUCUGUGGUGCGAAGCCCGAUCGCAACGACGUUUCCCGCCGAAUGAAGUAAACGUCAAAUUUUCCUGCUGUCAAUCUUACUCUUUUUUUGUGAGUGCAAUAAACGACCAGUGUCAAAUAUAUAUUUUUAAUUAUAGUGCGAUCGAAUAGUCGCGAUGUUGUGAUUGUGAUUUAGCCGUGUUUAUAAAUAAAACACUGGGAAGGAUUAUUUUUUGAAAAUGGGGAACUUCGAUGGGAGAAAGUGCGCGUAUUUGAAAAUGGAAUACACAACAUGGCUGUUUAUUCUGAUAGCUGCUAUAACACUGGCAACACCAGCGCUCUCAAGUUCACCGCGCGUGGUGUGUUAUUACACAAAUUGGUCGGUAUACCGGCCAGGAACUGCGAAGUUCAAUCCUCAGAACAUCAACCCCUAUCUGUGCACCCAUCUCGUGUACGCGUUCGGAGGCUUCACGAAGGACAACACGCUGAAACCUUUUGAUAAAUACCAGGACAUUGAAAAAGGUGGUUACGCUAAGUUUACUGGAUUGAAAACAUAUAACAAGAACUUGAAGACACUACUGGCUAUUGGAGGCUGGAAUGAGGGAUCAUCCCGCUUUUCUCCCAUGGUUGCAGCUAAAGAUAGAAGAAGGGAAUUCGUCAGGAAUGUUAUUAAGUUCCUGAGACAAAACCAUUUCGACGGUCUCGAUCUAGAUUGGGAAUAUCCAGCUUUUAGAGAUGGUGGUAAACCCAAGGACCGUGAAAACUAUGCUAAGCUGGUGAAGGAACUGCGCGAGGAAUUCGAACGAGAAUCCGAAAAGACUGGGAAACCUCGUCUGUUAUUGACGAUGGCUGUUCCAGCUGGUAUCGAAUAUAUCCUGAAGGGCUUUGAUGUGAAGACUUUAAAUAGAUACCUGGACUGGAUGAACCUCCUAACAUAUGAUUAUCAUUCCGCAUUCGAGCCCGCCGUCAACCACCACGCGCCGCUGUACCCUCUUGAAGAACCGAACGAGUACAGUGUAGAUAACGAACUUAAUAUUGAUUACACCAUUAAAUUUUAUCUCGAAAAUGGUGCGGAUGCUGACAAACUGGUGCUCGGAAUCCCAACAUAUGGACGUUCGUAUACGCUCUUCAAUGCUGAUGCAAUAGAGAUAGGCUCGCCUGCUGACGGGCCUGGGGAGCAGGGAGACGCUACCAGGGAGAAGGGAUACUUGGCAUACUACGAGAUUUGUGAAGCACUCAAACCGAAAAACAAGAAACGUGCAAUCGCGUCUGAUGAAGAAUAUGAAGAAGAUUCCUCGUCAGAAGAAGAAGAAGAAGAAGAAGAAGAAGAUUGGACCGUUAUGUAUCCAAACAAGAAUGCAAUGGGUCCCGUAGCUUACAGAGGCAACCAAUGGGUCGGCUACGAUGACAUUGACAUUGUAAAGAAGAAAGCGGAAUACGUCGCUGAAAAUGGACUCGGAGGUAUAAUGUUUUGGUCGAUCGACAACGACGAUUUCCGAGGUACCUGCCACGGGAAACCCUACCCGCUGAUCGAGGCUGCCAAAGAGGCAUAUGUCUCAAAACUCGGAUCGACAGACAGACAGUUAACUGUAAAGGAGAAAUCCAAACAAUCGAGAGCUGGUGGUCGCAGGAGAAACCGCCCGAAGUCCAGUACUACAACCACCACAACAACUACCACUACUACUACACCAAAGCCAACCAAGAGCAAUAAACGUAAAAGCGCUAGUACUUCGAUAAGUACGACUCCAAGUUGGAACAUCAUCACCCCGGAACCACCAACCACUCCUGAUGCAGGCUCAGACUUCAAAUGUAAAGAUGAAGGGUUCUUCCAACAUCCUCGGGAUUGCAAGAAGUACUUCUGGUGUCUUGACUCCGGACCAUCAGAUCUCGGCAUCGUGGCUCAUCAGUUUACUUGCCCAUCUGGCCUUUACUUCAACAAGGCGGCUGACUCCUGCGACUUUGCCAGAAACGUUCUCUGCAAGAAACCAACCGCCACCACGAAGGCAUUAACCAAACCUACUACAGCAAAGACAACUGUCUCUACAACAACGACUACAACAACCACAACUACCACAAGACGACCCAUUCGGUUGACAUCCAGGAGUUCUUUGCUGUUCCGGACCUCAUCGACUACAACUACGACACCCGAACCUGAGUUAAGUGAGGAAGAAGAAGAAGAAGUUGGUACUGAUGAAGCAGCCGACAUAGAAGCUGAAGAUCCAAAAGUCAUCAAAGAAUUGAUCGAUCUCAUCAAGAAAGUUGGUGGAGUUGAGCAGUUGGAAAAGCAGCUCAAGUUGUCAGAGACGCCGGGCGCCACUGUCACCGUGCCGCCGUCCGCCAUCAAUACCAAACUUUACCAGCGUGUUCUCGAGAGGACCAGAGGCAGGAACAAGUACGGCGACAACAGCAUCACGGAAAACCCCGUUCAGAACAGUCGUCGCGGCCCACAAAACGCCGGAAUCGAACCGUCAUCUGACGCAAACAGAUUGCUCAGAAAGGAAAGGCCACAAUACGUAACGAUUAACCGUUCGAGACCUACGAUCUCGUCGACGACACCAUUAUCAGGAGAAAGCGAGGAAGAGGAAGAAGAGGAGUCAGAAGAAGUUCCACAAAUUUCCAGAACGAGAGUCCAACAGAGGACGGAUUAUGAUACCCCAGUCGGAACAACGGCCAAACCGCUUCAAUAUGUAAAUAUUCGAAGAUCGAGACCAACCACUGCAGCGACAGAGGCACCUGAUGACUCUAGAAAUGCUUUGUUCGAACGAGUUGAGCCAUACGUGGCCGUUGCUGAGUCACCCAAUUCACUGGACAUAGCUAGCUCGCGUCGCGAAAAUACUCCCGAAUAUGUUACCAUACGUAGAACACGGCCAACCACAGAAACUACUACUCUCAAGUAUCAAGAAUCAGAAGAGGAGGAAGAAUCCCAAGAGACAGCAUUAGAAAGAGAAAUUAGUUCGCAAUCUGUACAACCGCAAUAUACUUCUGUUGUCAGAACAAGAUCAACCACUCUUCUUCCUCUCGAAGAACCGAGUAGUCCGGAGCCGACCACAAUCCUAUCUGUUCAAAUAUCAUCCUUAUUAAACGAACCGAGUUCUGAAGAGGUAGAAAAUCCACCUGAAACUUCGUCUACUAUUACUCAAACAACGGAGUUAUCUGAACCGGAAACAAUAACUACUUCGACAACGACUGUAACAACCACACCCACGACAACGACUAGUACCACAACACCAUCUCCAUCUACUUUAUCAACAAGAGUUCCUUUAUUGAGACGCCGAGGAUCUACUACGCCCACCACAACAGCAGUCCCCAUAUCUACAACUCAGGUAAGUUCUAGGAAUUAUUCAUUCAUCCGUAGACGUAGACCAUUAUCUCAACCCAACGAGAUUUCAGAAUCAAAUGAAUUAAUCGAAAAUGUAAGAAACAUCAGGUCAACUACUCCUGACAGUCGAGAAGUUGAUGGAGUAAAAACCGACGGUAAUAGCGGUCUCAUUAAAAGGUUUAGGAGUAGGUUACAAACUUCACGUAAUAGUGAUUCGAUCCCUGCAGCCGCAUCGUUGGUACCAAGAGGUGAUUUUCGGCCACAAUUGACCAAAGAUGAGGUACUGUCGUUAACACCAAUUGAUGUAGAUAGUUCAGAAAUUCAAGAAAAUGAUGAAGCUAAUUUGGAGAGCACUGUUAAAUUCCGUGGCAGAGCUCCAACAACUAUUGCUGAUAAAGCUGAAGAUAGUGAAAUGUCUGCUGCCACUAUAGAUGAGAGGCGACCAAGUGUUUUUCCAAGAGGAAGAGGUAAAUUUCCUUCUUUUACAACACAGGCUAUUGGAAAAUCUGUUACAACAGAGUCUUCUUUAAGCCGAAAACGGCCUUCUUUUGCGAGAUUUACUCCUCGUCCCUUCGCGAGAACUAUUUCCACAACAACUAUACCUGAAAAUAAUUUAGAAAAUGAAACUGAGUCGGUAACACAGAGAACACGGUCUCGAUUGUCAUUUGCAAGAGCAAGGACGCAGUCGUCAGUAUCACCGCCAAUAUUUCAAGCUAGGAAAUUACCAUUCCCUUCUCGACAAUCAACGGCUAGACCGAGAUUAUUUUCUCCGAAUGAUGAUGAAGAAAUAGAUAACAAAAAUGAUGAUAUCACUUUAUCAGAAACCGCAAUAGAGGAAAAUGAACAUGAUGGAACAGUGGGUGAAGAUACACGAAAGAAAUCAAAUACAUCACAGGAAAGGUUAGAAAUUAUACCUUCAGAUGAAUCUAGUUCGGAUAAAAACGGAAAAAGAAAGUUUAGAGUUAUUCGAAGGCGACCAACACCAUCCACAUCUGAGGUGCCUUUAUCUGAUACAGAAACUACAACAGCUGUAACACGAAUUCGCAAAAUUAUAAGAAAAAAAUUAAAGCCAGUCGAUGAAGAUUCUGAAACAGUGACAAGAACAGGUUUAAUUAAUGCUGGAUUUAAAGAUCCACCAAAAGACGUAAUUAAUUAUGGAGAAAAAACUCGAACAACUACUAUUUCUGUGCCAUCUAUUGAUGAAUACAGAACUACCACAGAAAUUGAUGAAAGCUUAGAACAAAUAACUGAAUUAUUUAAGGAAGUUGUACCUGAUCCACCCAGACAACAAAUUCAAACUGAAAGCUUUAUUAAAAAACAAGACAUGGAGUCACUUAAAAAGGAUGAAAAUAAAGAAGUGGAAGAAACGACUGUUACUUCGGAACAAGAAGAAAAACCAGAAAUCGUUCUUAAUACUGAAGAAAUGAAAUUAAGUUUAUCAGAUAAUAAGGAAACAACUUUAAUAAAAGAGGAAACGGAAAAUAUGGAAACAAACACUGAAGGUGAUUCUACGUCACAUAUUGACAAUAAUAGUCAAAUGGCACAGAGAAAUGAAUCUAACUUAGAAAGCGUUACAACAACAGAAAAUAUCACACAUAAAAUUGUUGACGAAGAAACAUCUACUACUGAAUUAUCAGUCACUGAAACUGAAACGCUAAUUGAGACUACUACGACGAGUACAACACAGUUAACAUCACCCUCCCCAAGAUCAAGAUUGCCAUACAGACCACCUAAAAGAUUGUUUACGUCUACAACUGAGUCUACGCCAUCCAGUAGUAGAACGUUUAGUCGAAAAUAUAACCCUGGAGCGUACACCAGUCCUUCUACUGUUGAAAGGCCAGGUUUCUUUAGUAGAGGAACUACCAAACGGCCCUUGUUUUCCAGGACAUUUACCAGAAGAACCUUUCCCACGGCAAGAACAACACCUAAAUACCAAUUAGAAGAUGAAGAAGAGUAUUCGGAUGAAGAGAUUCUGGAAGAAGAACCAGAAAAUCCUUUUGUUUUUGUUCCACCUAGUCAACUUUUCACAAGAAAACCUGAUUCAGAAGAAUAUGACGAUGAUUUAGACGAAGAAGAAGAAACAUAUAAUGAAGAAGAUGACGUAAAAGAAGCACCCGAAGAAGAAAUUUAUGAAGAUGAAGAACCACCAGUAACAUUUAAACCUUCGUCGAAAAGACCACAAUUUAAACCUAAAAUUAUAAAUUCAAAUACUUUUAGAACCUCUACGUCUACUACGGAAAUUCCUCGACGUUUAAUUGGAAAUAAUCAAAACAAAACAACAGUUUACAAUAGAUUUGGAGGUAAUAAACCAGUAAAUGAUACUAAAAAACGCGUUCAAAACGUACCACCUGGUUACAAUGUACCUAAAUCAAUCCAAAAUGUUAAUAAGAAAAAUUCAACCAAACAAUUGCUUAAGACGACAAAGGCGGUACUGGUAGAAACAACGAUCACUUCUGUUAUCAAGGAAAACGAACAGACAACAACUGAAAGCGAUGAUUACCUUUAUAUGACCGAAUCAAGCACCUCAAUUCCUUUAGAAACUUCAUCCUCAAAUGACGCCGAAAAUGAAACUGUGACUACUUUAAUGGAAAUAGAUAACAGUACUGACGAUUAUUUGGAAUUCACUACAAAUUACCCAAGUACUCAAGAUUCAGAAAUAAUCAACCAAACAGAUAUAGAAACAAACACUGAAACUUUAGUUGAUACGCCUACUACAAGAAAAGUUGAAAGUAUAUUUCAAACUACAACUGGCGAACCUGAAACUACAAGUCAAAUAUCACCAGUUUCACCUAUAGUAAAAACUCAAUUCAAUAAAUUAUUUUCAAUAAGUAGAGUCGUUGAAGUAUCUUCAAAACUUGAUAAACAUAGAUUAAAUAAAAACAAUCAAACUACUCUGAUCGAAGAAGGUAAAGUAAUGGUAGAAAAAAAACCUACGGUGGAUAAAAUUGGCGAAGUUAGUAGAUACAGUCUCAUUAAAAUAGUGGAAGAUGAAAUUCCAAUUUACUUAACUAAGCUCGGGCAUGUUUAUCCAGUAGAUAAUCCUCCAGAUAAUCCUAUUCGAAUUGAUGAAGCUCGUAACGCAAGAGCAUUAGUGGACUACUCAGAUAUUCCAAAAGAAAACCUUAUCGCUUCUGAGAGUAUGAAUGAAGGUUAUAGACAUAUUAAUACAGUACCUGACCAUAUAAAGUAUUUGGAAAAAGACCACGUGGAGCAUAUAUCAGAUGAUGAUUUCUUAAGCUACGUAAAUGAUGACAAAAAGGCUGAAAAAUUCGAAGAUGAUUCAACAUAUAAUUCAAACUGGCAAUUUGUCCCUGCCGCUUAUGAGAAUGAAAAAAUCAAACUGAUUAAGUCUGCGAAGAGUUUUGACGUUGUAACACCGCGUUUAAUGUUGACAGACCCAUCAACAUUGCCUUUAGAAGCCUUAUUUCAAACGGAAAAUCCAAUCAUUGCGAGAAAAGUUACUGACGAUAACGAUAACCAGCCAUUUGUAGUAUAUUCCGCACCUGUACCCACUCAAGAAGAAGAAGCUAACCUUCUAAAAAUAAAAAUAAUUAAACCACAAAUGAGUCGAAAUAUAGUAACUUUUGCUAGAGGUAAAGAAUUAAAAGGACCUACUGCUAAUGAGGAAUCUAAAGUUAAAUAUCCCAUUAAUAUAUCUAUUUUAAAACAGUCUCCUCAAAUUACACAUUUUAACGAUACUAUGUUGUCUGCAAUAAACAAACCAUCCAAAGUCAGUACAACAUUCCCAGCCACAACGACUACUUUAAAAACAACGAUAGCUUCAACAGAAAAUAUCAGGACGAGUCCUAUUGUAGAACUAUUGACUACAACAGAAGCAAUAUCAGAACAAAUUAAGGUAGACAAAAUAACAGAAAUUCCUGUUUCAACAUUAGCAACUCCUACUGAAAUACCAGAAACUACAGAAAUUACAGAAACUAUCACAGAAGAGACAACCACAUUUAAGAUAUCUCCAUUAGAUGCUAAAAGAGCAAAAUACGGUCUUCCAAGGAGACCUAUAAAGCCCGCCAAUCUCACUAAAUUGAUUUCGGUGACACGUACCACGGCUAAAAUAAAUAUAACACCACGAACCGUUCAAAUAAAUAACAAAACCUCUGGUUUUAAUCCAAGUAUAUCACGUUUCUCAGGAAACAGGGCACAAAACGUACCCGUGGAUAUAAGAAAAAAAUCUACCACGCCUAAAGUAGCAAAAACCUAUACUACAGAGUCACCACGAUCAACAACUGAAAGGAAAUUGUAUGUAAAGCCUAUAAGACCGCUGCGGCCUUCGUUUGUGCCGAAACGAUUUACGACGUUACCACCUACACUGGCUGGAGACGCUUAAAAGUUUUCGAAAAUAUGAAUUAUUUGCAGAAGCCAAAAUAUUAAUUAGUUUCGACGUUUAAAAUCUGUAUAUUUAGUUGGGUUGGUAUAGUUGGUUAAGAAAUGAAAUGCUACUUUAAACUUCGAUUUUUUGGAACCUCAAUACUUCUUUAAUGAGAAUAGAUUUUUCUUUUACUUUUUUUUUUAAUUAAUCGAUUGAAGUUUUGUGUGGUGUUAGAUAUUUUCCUUGUAAAAAAUCCUAAGAAAUCGUAAUUUUCUUACCGCAUUUCAUUUGCAAUGGGUGUGCUUGUAUAUAUAGAUGUAUCAUCAGUUUCAGUAUAGUCAUGUUAUAAAGAUUCAUAGCUUUAAUUUAGAUAUUUAUGAGAGAUGAAAGUUUUUACCAAAAAUGUAUAUUUUAUUCUUAGUUCGUUUUGGUAUAAAAGCUUUCGCGCACAAAUUGUCAUAGGUUAUGAUUAGUUUAAACUUAUUUAAUGAUUCAUAAUUAACUAAUAUUUUACGUUACCAUAUGUAUAAAUUAUCGGGCGUAAUGUAAUGAUUAUGUAUUGUAACUUGCAAAAAUAAAACUUUGUAAUAAAAUCUUAGUAAACACAA